CCUAACCUUUUAACCCCAUGGAUGAUCGUUCUGAAGCAAACAGACUACUGCCUUGAAAGACAAAUAUAUAUAUAGAGAGAGAGAGACAGAGACAUAUGUCUAUAUACUCAUCUGGAGCUCAGUGUUACCCAUUACCCCAUACUUGUCUUGUAAAUAAAAUGUCUUGCCGAUUUAUAACGUUAGCUAACUGUGGUGGCACACAUCCCGGAUCCCUUAACGGACAGAACUGCAAUACUGUGGGAUUGUUUUCCUCAUCUUGCGCAGUGCGCGUGGUCCAUAAGCGCAAUAUCUGAACCCCAAGGAGGUGUGGAAGAGAUUCAAGAAACCGGAGAGUGCGAGAGGGAGUGUGUGUGUGAGAGAGAGUCUUCUAUAUCCCCUCUGAGGGAGACAUGCAGUUCGCCAAGGUUUUCUCUCAGUCGUUAUUGAGGAGCGCCAGAUCCGGACGAAUUCCCCCACGCGCGCGUUGCUGGAGAUAAAGCCAUUAGAGGUUUUGGUUUAUUGUAGCUCCCUAAGAUAUCUAUAUUUUAAUCGAAAAUGGAAGUCGGACUUAAAGCGUGGUAGAGACUAAAGGACAGAUGCAUCUCUGUUGUGUCAACAUGAAAAUACGCUCCAACAGUUAAACUUUACCUGCAGUUACAGAGGGAGGUGGAGGAACGCUGUUUGGCCUCUGUUGCUUUUACGGCGAGUCUCGCUCCUGCCACAAACGGACUCCACAGUAACCUGCAUAAGAACUGUGUCAGAGUUGAUCAACCAAAAUGAAGAGACGGCAAAAGCGUGUCUUGCAAAUGGCUUUUCUUUUCAUGGUGGCACUUAUAUUCUUGCCCAACGUUGGCUUGUGGUCACUGUACAAGGAGAAACACCUGAUGAAGUCGCACGAAGCAGGAGAGCAGGGCUUCUCUUUAGGCCUGAGUGAUGGGCACAUCUACACAUGGACGGACGGCUUAAGGAGGAUAGACUGGCAUGACAACGAGAGCAUCAGGAGGGACGAGCUGCGUGUUGGGAAGGGAGAACACGGGAAGCCUUACCCUCUGACUGAGGAUGAGUGUGAUGACUCUGUGUACAAAGAGAACGGCUUUAACAUCUACGUCAGCAACAACAUCGCCCUGGACCGCUCCCUUCCAGACAUCAGGCAUCCCAACUGCAAACAGAAGCUCUAUCUAGAGAACCUGCCAAACACCAGCAUCAUCAUCCCCUUCCACAAUGAAGGUUGGUCGUCGCUGCUGCGCACCAUCCACAGCGUGGUCAACCGCACCCCAGACCACCUCAUCGCUGAGAUUAUUCUGGUGGACGACUUCAGCGACAGAGAACACCUGAAGGAUCACCUGGAGGAGUACAUGGCCCGUUUUCCUAAGGUGCGGAUUGUGCGAACCAAGAAGCGCGAGGGUCUGAUCCGCACUCGUCUGCUGGGUGCCUCCGUGGCCAAGGGAGAGGUGCUCACCUUCCUGGACUCCCACUGCGAGGCCAACGUCAACUGGCUGCCUCCGCUGCUCGACCAGAUAGCCCAGAAUCCCAAGACCAUAGUGUGCCCGAUGAUUGACGUCAUUGACCAUAAUCACUUUGGCUACGAGGCCCAGGCAGGCGAUGCCAUGCGGGGGGCCUUCGACUGGGAGAUGUACUACAAGCGUAUCCCCAUUCCACCUGAGCUGCAGCGUGCAGACCCCAGCGACCCCUAUGAGUCUCCUGUAAUGGCUGGAGGUCUGUUUGCGGUGAAUAGACAGUGGUUCUGGGAGCUGGGUGGUUACGAUACUGGCCUGGAGAUUUGGGGUGGAGAGCAAUAUGAGAUCUCUUUCAAGGUGUGGAUGUGUGGUGGCAGCAUGUACGAUGUGCCCUGCUCCAGAGUGGGACACAUCUACAGGAAAUACGUGCCCUACAAAGUGCCCUCAGGGACCAGCCUGGCAAGAGUGAGUGUGUGGAAUUUGAAGCGAGUGGCAGAGACAUGGAUGGAUGAGUACACAGAGUUCAUCUACCAGCGGAGGCCAGAGUACCGACACCUCUCCACUGGGGACCUCACCGCGCAGAAAGAGCUUCGCAAGCACCUCAAGUGCAAAGACUUCAAGUGGUACAUGAAAAACGUGGCCUGGGACUUGCCCAAGUACUAUCCCCCUGUGGAGCCCUUGCCUGCUGCCUGGGGAGAGAUACGCAAUGUGGCGUCAGGUUUGUGUAUCGACUCCAAACACGGCUCGACAGGCACAGAGCUGCGUCUGGAUGCCUGUCCGAAGGAGGGGGCUGAGCGCACGUGGGCGCACGAGCAGAUUUUCACAUUUGGUUGGAGGGAAGACAUUCGGCCGGGUGACCCCCUCCACACCAGGAAGUUCUGCUUCGAUGCAAUCUCCCAGAGCAGCCCCGUCACACUGUACGACUGCCACGGGAUGAAGGGCAACCAGCACUGGAGCUAUCGGAAGGAUAAAUCUCUCUACCACCUGGUGAGCAGUGGUUGCAUGGACUGCAGCCCCAGCGAUAAGAGGAUUUUCAUGAACAAGUGUGACCCACUCUCGGAGACGCAGCAGUGGCUGUUCCAGAGAGUUAACGCCACCGUUUUGGACAAAUUCAACAGCGCUGCCAGCUCCUAGGAAUGCUGACUGCCCCAUCCUGCCUUCUGCCCCCUGAACAUGUACACAGCAGCCAAGCAGCUGUCUCACAGACCUCCCAGAAUCCUCAGCGAUAGGUCUUAGCAGCAGAGCUGAACGAUAAACUGUGCGUGUGCGCGCGUGUGUGUAUGCAUGUGCGUGUGUGUGUGUGUGUCUGAUCUAUCUGAGGCCCUUACGCUCUGGGAGAUGGACUAAAGUGGACCAAAAGUACUACACACAGAGUCCAGGGCUGUAGAGACUUCAAUGGCUGUGUGAGACGCUCGGCUGAUGAGGCCCAUUUAGGACCACAUAGAGCCCUUGCUGGUCAAGGAAAAUGUGGACAGCAAAAAUCUCCCUCUCUCUAUUAGGCUCUGUCUUUCUUAGUUAUGGAAUUACAUACUGAUCCAACCCUUUCUCAUUACAUGACAGAUAAGGAGGAAUUUGAAUUUGAUGAAUCUGAACAGAACAGAAUCUGAAUUCUGUUCCAGUGACCUCAAGACUGCUCCUCCACACCCUGAAGAUUGCAUAGUGAAUCUGGAUUUGGUCAGAGAUUCUGAAAGGAAUGCAUUGUUUAGUUUUGUAUCACUAUUUAUUUUUCAUGUUUGUUUUAAUGUAUAUUUAUUUUUUAUUUAUUGGGGGCCAUUUUUUUUAUCAGUGUAAGUUAUUAUGUAUAUACUUUAAUUAGGGUUUUAUUUCUGGUUCCUGUAAUAGUAAGAUUCAAACUGCUGACAAGUGAUUUUUGUCUCAUUGCUCUGGAAUCAGUUUUGUUCAGGCUUUAUUUCCAAUAAAGCAAAACAAAAGUGUU